AUGAAGCCGAUGUUAGCAUACUGGGAUAUUAGAGGAUUUUCUGAGUCAUCUCGACUGCUUAUGCGCUAUGUUGGAGAGGAUUUUGAAGACAAACGAUACAAAGCCGGUCCUGCCCCCACAUUUGACCUCAGUGACUGGUUUUCAGUCAAAUUUUCUCUAGGACUUGAUUUUCCUAAUCUUCCGUAUUUCAUUGACGGGGACGUUAAACUGACCCAAUCUAGUGCUAUCCUGGAGUACAUUGCUGAUAAACAUGGAAUGGUUCCAAGUUGCUCCAAGAAACGUGCAAUCUUGCAUAUGCUUCAAUGUGAGAUUAUGGAUUUGCGUUCCAGCUUUAUCGCAGUGUGUUACAGCCCGGAUUUCGAGAAGUUGAAACCUGGGUUCCUGGAGAAACUGCCUCAGAAACUAGAAGGCUUUGAGAAAUACUUAGGCGAGAAGCAUUGGCUGACUGGCGACAAGAUUAAUUACCCAGAUUUCAAUCUGUGUGAACUAUUGAUGCAACUGGUCAAAUUCGAGCCCAAUUGUCUGAAGAACUACCCGAAGCUGAAAGCUUACGUUGAGCGCUUUGAGGUAAAUGUUGGAGGUUGA